CCAGAGACCAGGACUCGGUCCUGCUGCUCUCGGUUCAGUGAGGGAAUGUGAUAACACAUUUAAGACUGACAAAAAAGGAUCACUGAGCACAUUUUAUUCAAGACUUCGGUUUAAUGGCUCACGGAAUAAUGCGUAAAAGCGCACGGUGACCCAUCGGACACUAAGCACAUUGGGCGGUUUGGAGGAAUAUAUGACAUGUUCAGCUUUGAUUGAACGUUGGAUUGUGAUCCGAAUUUGAAAGACACAUUUCCUAAUGAGGAUUACAAACAUGAGGAUUGUGUGGGUGUACAUAUUCUACUCAUUCAGUUUGUCAGACGGCGUGAUGGACCUGACCAUGAUCUCCACGGCGGAGGUCACCGACUUCAGUCACUUCUCCUUCUCCUGCAUCACCGGCGAGCGCAGCCCCGCAACCAUCGGCCUGGACAUCAAGCGGGAGAACAAGAUCUUCAUCGUCCCCAUGCCGCCGCAGUUCAGGGUGCAGCGGACCCGACCCAAGGAGGUGGUGGCCACCCACUUCCACAGUCUCGGAUACAUUGGCAUCUUCUACUGCGAGGCCACGCAGGAGCUCCGCCCCCACGAAAAGAUCAUCAUGAUCAACAACCCCGCCUCAGCUGACAUGGUCCCGGCUCACAUGACGGUGACGGCUGACCUGGGGGAGACGGUCCACCUCAGCAUGCGGCUGCUGGACACCCAGAAGAGAGACGUGACCUGGAAGUACAACGGGAACUACCACUACAUGACGCCGUCCAACGACCUGCUGAACAGCACGGCCGUGCUGGCGGUGGAGAGCGCCUCGCGGGCGCACCAGGGCGUCUACAGCGCCAGCUACGUGGGCGCCAGCCCGCUGCUCGGCUCCUGGAUGAGGCUCAUCGUACGCAACUGUUCCAGUAAGAAGUGGGGGGAGAGCUGUCUGCAGGACUGUCCCGAGUGCCUCAACAGGGGGGUCUGCCACGACCGCGACGGGGACUGCCUCUGCCCCCCGGGCUUCAUGGGAACCCGAUGCGAGACAGCCUGCAGGGAGGGGAUGUUCGGCCGCAGCUGCCAGGAGUCGUGUGGCUCUGGGAAGGACUGCAAGGGGCUGCGCUUCUGCCUCCCGGACCCCUACGGCUGCUCCUGCGCCAGCGGCUGGGCUGGCGUUCGCUGUGGGACAUCUUGCCCUGUGGAUACGUACGGGCCCGACUGCCGGCUCACCUGCAGCUGUCUGAACGGCGGCUCGUGCAACCGCUUCAGUGGCUGCCACUGCCCCACGGGCUGGAGGGGACAGCACUGUGAGAAGUCAGAUCGGGCGCCCCAGAUCCUGGACAUGCCCAGCACCAUCGAGGGGAACCUGAACUCCAGCCCCCGGAUCUCCUGCUCGGCCUCGGGGAACCCGCUGCCGAGCCACACCAGCAUCGAGCUGCGCAAGCUGGACAGCAGCGUGCUGAAGGCCUCCCAGACCACCAUGGACUCUGACAAGAGCACGGCCCAGUUUGAGAUCCCCUCGCUGAAGGCUCUGGACGGGGGUCUGUGGGAGUGCAGGGUCUCCACCAACGGGGGCCAGGACUCACGCAAGUUCAACCUCAUCGUCAGAGAGCCGCCCGUCCCCGCCACCCCCCCCAAGCUGCUGGAGAGGAAGAGCAAGCAGCUGCUGGUGAUGCCCAUGACCUCCCACCAAGGCCACGGGCCCAUCCAGUCCACCAAGCUGCUCUACAAGCCCAUGGACAACGGAGACUCCUGGUCCUCCAUCAUCGUGUACGGCGACCGCGGGCCCAUCACCCUGAUGAACCUGAAGCCGUCUACCCGCUACCAGGUCAGAGUUCAGCUGACCCGCCCGGGGGAGGGGGGCGAGGGCGCCCCCGGUCCCGAGGCCAUCAUGGAGACCGACUGUCCCGAGCCCACCGCGCGCCCCGAGAUCGACAUCAGCUCCAUGGAGGGCCGCAACGCCACGGUGCGUUGGCGCCUCCCGCCGGGCAGCCCCGGCGCCACCGGGCCGGGCGAGGCCAGCGGGUUCCUGGUGCAGCUGUUCGGACCCGCGCCCUCCAGCACCAAGCUGUGGGAGGAGACCACGCUGCUCAACGUGCUGUCCACCAGGUUCCACAACCUGGAGUACCAGCGGGACUACGUCGCCGUGGUGCUGCUGGUCAACUGCGGCAGCCAGGGCCCGGCCUCCAAGCCCUACACCUUCCGCCUCAACAGCCAGGGCCCGUCGUCCCCGCGCAGCGUGCAGGCGGUCUCCCUGUCGGCGUCGGCCGUGGCGGUGCGCUGGCAGGCCCCCGAGGACCCCAACGGGGGCAUCAUCAAGUACGUGAUCGAGUACCAGCCGGUGGGGCAGGGCGCCCCCCACCCCUGGGUGGACACCGACGACGGCAACAAGACGGCGAAGGAGGUGACGGCGCUGAACGGCAGCACGCUGUACCAGUUCAGAGUGCGGGCGUUCUCCAAGGUCCCCGGGGAGUGGAGCAAGUUCGUCCAGGCCGCCACCAUGGUGGACGGCUUCCAGAGCUUCACCCCCACCACCCAGGGCGUGGGGAUCCGGCCAGGCGGCGAGGGCUACCAGCUGCUGGUGGCGGUGGUGGGCUCGGUCACGGUCACCUGCGUCACCAUCCUCCUCGCCCUCCUGGCCCUCUUCUGCAUCCGCAAGACGCUGCAGAACCGCCGACGCACCUUCACCUACCAGUCGGGAUCGGUGAGGACCCCCCCACUCAGCCCCCGGAGACAGACAUACACCGGCGAGGAGACCAUCCUGCAGUUCAACUCCGGGACCCUGACGCUGACCCGGAGACCCAAGCCCACGCUGGAGCCCCUCACCUACCCCAUCCUGGACUGGGACGACAUCAAGUUUGAGGACGUCAUCGGCGAGGGAAACUUCGGCCAGGUCAUCAAGGCCAUGAUUAAGAAGGACGGCAACAAAAUGAGCGCCGCGAUCAAGAUGCUCAAAGGUAAAGAGUUCGCCUCGGAGAACGACCACCGAGACUUCGCCGGGGAGCUGGAGGUGCUGUGCAAACUGGGCCAGCAUCCCAACAUCAUCAACCUGAUCGGAGCCUGCGAGAACCGAGGCUACCUGUACAUCGCCAUAGAGUACGCUCCCUACGGGAACCUGCUGGACUUCCUGAGGAAGAGCCGGGUGCUGGAGACGGACCCGGCCUUCGCCAAGGAGCACGGCACCGCCUCCACCCUCACCUCCCAGCAGCUGCUGCAGUUCUCCGUCGACGUGGCGACCGGGAUGCACUACCUGAGUGACAAGCAGUUCAUCCACAGAGAUCUGGCCGCCCGGAACGUUCUGGUGGGAGACAACCUGGUGGCGAAGAUCGCAGACUUCGGUCUGUCCAGAGGAGAGGAGGUCUACGUGAAGAAGACGAUGGGUAGGCUGCCGGUGCGCUGGAUGGCCAUCGAGUCCCUGAACUACAGCGUGUACACCACCAAGAGCGACGUGUGGUCGUUCGGAGUGCUUCUGUGGGAAAUAGUUAGCCUAGGUGGGACUCCGUACUGCGGGAUGACGUGCGCGGAGCUCUACGAGAAGCUGCCCCAGGGCUACAGGAUGGAGCAACCCCGCAACUGUGACGACGAAGUAUAUGAGCUGAUGCGGCAGUGCUGGAGGGACCGGCCGUACGAGAGACCCCCCUUCUCCCAGAUCUCAGUCCAGCUCAACAGGAUGCAGGAGGCCAGGAAGGCCUACGUCAACAUGGCUCUCUUCGAGAACUUCACCUACGCCGGGAUCGACGCGACGGCCGAAGAGGCCUGACGACCAGCGCACCCACGCCCUGGUGCGCCCCACUCCCCCCGUAGGAAGCACCGAGGCUGGGCACCGCGCUACGGCCGCCCCCCUGCCGCCCCCCGCAGACCCAGGAGCAGCGGAAGGAGCAAGGCCCCUCUCGGGUCCAACACCACCUGCCUAUAGCAGGGGGCUGGGGGAGACUCUUUGUGGAGCUGUGGAACCACUGGGCUGGGAAUGACCACCGGACCGAUAAGGCACGCAGGCACCCGGGGGAUCGAGGUUGAAGACAACCCCUUACCCCUCCCCCCUUGGGGGGAGGGGUAAGGGGAAGGGGUAAGGGGUAGAAAUGGGAUUGGGCCAAGAGAGAGAACCGUUCUAGCGCUGGCUGAGUAGCGACUCUCUGAGCUGUCACUUUGGUUUUGCUGGUGGAACAAGUGCGGCUAAAAGCGUCAAAGUUAUCUCCAGCAUCAGUCUGCGAGCAGAGGGGGGGAUGUGGUCCACGGGGACCACAGAACUAUGGACUAUCUUCUCUUCAUCUGCACCAGCAGACCAAGGACAAUGAUAAUGUAUAUAAAUAUAUAUAUACAGUAUAUAUAUACACAAAGAAUAGACAAGAUAGGUGUUCUCAAAGACAUGAAACCUCAACAUUUGCCUCAAGUGUUCAGAUCUAAACAGAACCCCUAAAGCACACUGGAUGUCAACCGUUAAAUAUUGUGUUUGUGCCUUCUAGACUGCAUAUCACUGCCAUGUGAAUGUACUACUACUACUACUACUACUGCAUACUAUAUAUUUUGGGCUCUCCUUUAAGUAGCCUCUCUUCCAAUUGUACCCAUGAAUACUACAAUUCACUUUUUCUAGAGACUAUGUGAAGUAUAUCUGAUAUGAUGUUUUAUAUGUGAUGUACCGUUUGUACAUUUUGCUGACUGUAUUGUUUUUAAUACUAUUGUUAUAUAUUGUACUGUAUUAUUUGUUAUAACUUCCGGCCCAGGGAUUGCAGAUGUAAAGUAUCUGUGUAGCUAACUCUCGUUGGGCAUAGCCCCUGUUAAAUAUACCAAUAAAAUAAACUACUGUAGUCCUACA